ACCAGGCUUCUGGGCCGCUGCGGCGGGGCCUCCAGGCCGCUGGCUGCCUAACCCUGGAGCCCUUCACCAGCCCUGCUUGCUUCUGGCACCAUGUCGAUGCGAACGCUACCGCUGCUCUUCUUGAACUUGGGCGGGGAGAUGCUUUACAUCCUGGACCAGCGGCUGCGGGCCCAGAACAUCCCGGUAGACAAGGCCCGAAGAGUUCUCAACGACAUCAUCUCUACCAUGUUCAGUAGAAAGUUUAUGGAGGAAUUGUUCAAACCCCAAGAGCUCUACUCCAAGAAGGCCCUGAGGACUGUCUACGACCGCCUGGCUCAUGCCUCUAUUAUGAGACUGAACCAGGCCAGCAUGGAUAAGCUCUAUGACCUGAUGACAAUGGCUUUCAAAUACCAAGUAUUGCUGUGUCCCCGUCCCAAGGAUGUACUGCUGGUCACUUUCAAUCAUUUAGAUGCCAUCAAGAGAUUCAUCCAAGACUCCCCAACUAUCCUACAUCAAGUAGAUGAGACUUUCCGGCAGCUGACGGAAACAUACGGUGGUCUCUCUGCUGGGGAGUUCCAGCUGAUCCGGCAGACGCUCCUCAUCUUCUUCCAAGACCUGCACAUCCGAGUGUCCAUAUUUCUAAAGGAGAGAGUUCAGAGUUCUAAUGGCCGCUUUGUGUUGCCAGUGUCUGGGCCUGUUCCCUGGGGAACUGAAGUUCCUGGGGUCAUCAGAAUGUUCAACAAGAAAGGCGAAGAAAUAAGGAAGAUAGAAUUCAAACAUGGUGGAAACUAUGUCGCUGCACUCAGAGAAGGUUCUUUUGAACUUCAUGGAGACCGAGUCCUGAAACUGGGAACUAACAUGUACAGCGUGAAUCGGCCUGUGGAAACCCAUAUGUCUGGAGCAUCGAAGAACUUAGCCUCACGGACACAGGAAAGCAUUGCUCCCAACCCUCUUGCUAAAGAAGAGCUGAAUUUCUUGGCCAGGCUGAUGGGAGGGAUGGAGAUUAAGAAACCCAGUGGCCCAGAGCCAGGAUUCCGGUUGAAUCUCUUUACUACCGAUGAAGAAGAGGAACAGGCAGCGCUAACCAGACCAGAAGAGUUGUCCUACGAAGUUAUCAACAUACAAGCUACCCAGGACCAGCGACGGAACGAAGAGUUGGCUCGGAUCAUGGGGGAGUUUGAGAUCACAGAGCAGCCAAGGUCGAGCGCCAGCAAGGGGGAUGAUUUGCUGGCCAUGAUGGAUGGGUUAUAGGUCUGCUGACCAGGCACACCCCCUACUGGGAAGGAAAAGCAUAUCAUACUAUAAAACACCUUUUACAGCAGACGUACAAAAUGCCUUCUGUUUAAGUCUCUUUUAAGCAAUUUGGCCACCAUUUGGGAGGCCUGACUAGGUGACAGAUGAAGGGGAAGGUUCUGUCCUAUUUUGAGUCUGGCUCCCACCUCACUGUCAUGAAUUGCAACUUCACUGUCUGCUCUGAGCAUGUCCUGGGGCCUUGGGGGUGGGCCGUGGGCUGCCGGGAAGCAGUAGUAGCCUCCUCCCCGACCCAUCCCAGAGCAAUGCUGAGGGUUUCAAAUGUGUCUAGUAAGGCAGCUCUGUGAUGAGGUAACCUGUGAGUUUCAUGUCUCUAGACUUGCACAAAUAUUAAGAAGAACAAGUUUAUUUGCAUGGUGGUUCAGGGCAUCCUGAGAAAGCAUGGGAACCAGGAGGAGGCAAAGGAAAGAGAAGGAUUACUCUGUGCCUAAGAUGUGGACUGAGUACUAAACACGCAUCAGUGUGUUUAGAAUCAUGCCAAAGGGACACAAGGGUGUCACAUCACAAUGCCUCGUAUAACAUCCUCUUUAGGGGAAGGCACCAUGGUUAGAACAUGACACUGCACUCUGGUCCCAUCCCUGCCCCAAAUCACCAUGUCUUCUUGGACCAGUUACCCUCAGCAAGCCUCAGUUCCCUCAUCUGUAAGAAAGAGAAGGAACUAGUUGAGUGGCUCAAAUCCAGCUGGCCCAGUUAAGUUACUGAGUUUACAGGUUCCUAGGCCCUGCCCCGGGUGGGCCCUGAGAACUGGAGUCUUACCCGUUCUUAGAAUGUCAGGAUGCCCUACAGAUGAUGUAAGGCAAAGCUAUAGGAAAGCCAAAAAGCAAAGGAUUUUAAUGGCUCCUAGAAGAGAGAGGUAAUAAAAAUCAACAGUGAGGGAGGAAUAAAAAGGGAGGGAAAUGUAUUUUUCCCCCAAUUCUAAGUCUAAGAAGAAAGUCAUCCUGUGUAGUCCAUAGAAGUAUCCAACAAUUUUUAAAAGUAAAACUCACUUUUGUCCUUAUCUAAAUCCCAGUAGGAGAGAAACAAACUUCCGUGUGAUAACUAGAUCCUGGAUUUGCCCAGAUCUAAACAGAUCAGAUUCCCUCAUCCAUGACCAUCUGGUCUGCAGCCAUCUGGUUUGUCACUCUGGUUUAUGUCUGGUAUAGUUUUGCACCAACUCACGCCACAGGAAACCAUAGAAAGAGAAAUGCAAAUUUUAGGAAAUAUAUAUAGUUAGCAUAAUACCUAAUCUUGAAUAUCCCAAUUAAAAUCUGAAAACUAAUACAACCUCUGCCUACCUCUUACUCCCUUUAAAUUAUGCGCUGGAUAACUCUUUUGCAGCUGCUAAAUUCCUGGACCGCUGACAGUAGAGGGAGUCACAGGAACUGGCAUAAGGAAACCCUUCUACAGUUGAAUGUUCCCUGCAUAGCUUCCUCAUUUGGUGUGAAAAAAAUUCUCAGAUAAUAAACUUACCCCUUUGCAAGUGA